AAAAAAAGGAAAUGGCGUGAACCGCCCGGGUGCUUUGCCUUUUUAAUCGCUGACCUCGGAUUUUGUUGCCAUGCAGAGAGAGGAAAAGCAGCUUGAGCUAUCCCUGGAGGCUCUUAUCAGUCAAGUGGCUGACCUGAAGAACUCCUUGGUCAGUUUCAUUUACAAGCUGGAGAAUGAAUAUGACCGUCUCACUUGGCCCUCCGUGCUAGAUAGUUUUGCUCUGCUGUCAGGGCAGCUUAAUACUCUGAACAAAGUGCUGAAGCAUGAGAAGACUCCACUGUUGCGCAAUCAGGUUAUUAUCCCUUUAGUGUUAUCGCCAGAUCGGGAUGAAGAGAUAAUGCGCCAGACAGAAGGACGAGUGCCAGUGUUCAGCCAUGAAGUUGUACCUGAUCAUCUGCGAACUAAGCCCGAUCCUGAGGUAGAGGAGCAAGAGAAGCAAUUAAGCACAGAUGCAGCUCGUAUUGGCACUGAUGUGGCCCAGAAACAGAUUCAAAGCCUAAACAAAAUGUGUUCCAACUUGCUAGAGAAAAUCAACAAAGAAGAUCGAGAAUCUGAAAGUGGAGGUUUACGGCAGAACAAGCAGACAUUCAACCCUGCUGAUACCAAUGCCCUAGUUGCAGCUGUAGCCUUUGGAAAAGGAUUGUCCAACAGACGUCCACCAGGAGUGGGAAGUUCUGUUCCGACCAGUCAGCAAGGUGCCAAUGCCAUCAUAGCUGGUGCUUCUACCAUGCAGCAAGUACAAAUGUCGGGCGCACCAAAUCAGCCACAGCCUAUGCUUGGAGGAGUGCAGAUGCCACAAGCAGGGCAACCAGGUAAGAUGCCCAGUGGCAUAAAAACCAAUAUCAAAUCUGCUUCAAUGCAUCCCUAUCAAAGAUGAGUGGGAAGUAGUCUGGUCUUAUUGCUGUUCCUGGAUUUCAUUUCCAAGUCAACACUUCUUCAAGUGGUUCUCAUCAAUUAAACUUGGAGUCUUCUCUGAAGAUCACUUGGAUCAUUUAUUAACACAACUGCAUUGAUCCAGGAUACAAGAAUGUAGACAUGUAUUUUUCAUUCCAAAUGAUAGAGGCAAUUUUGAGACAAGAGACCUGUUCAGUAGCUAAGUCAAGAUGGUAAACAACUUUACUUUUUGUUUAUUAAUGUAAGCAGCCUGAUUCCUGUUUUGGAACUGCCUGUUAGUGACUGAGAUUAUAUGAGACUUGCAAGUUAUAACUUUUCUUAAAAAAAUAAAUAAAGUUCAAGUGCGCUUUCUCAUGUAGGCUUUUUUUGUACUUUUAAGUGGCUCAUGGGAAAAUGUGUGGCUUUGUC